UUGCGCAAGACGAUGGGCAGCGGACGGGCCAUAGACAACCAGCGUGACGGGCAGCCGAGGCCGGUGGUAGUGGACGUGGACACCGGGACGGACGACGCGCUCGCGCUGCUCCUGCUGCUGGCCGCGGACGCCGUCGGCGAGGUGAAGCUGUUGGCGGUCACGUGCACGGCGGGCAACACGCUGCAGCAGCACGCCGUCCGCAACACCCUGAGGCUGCUCAGGGCGGCCAACAGGCUCGACGUCCCGGUGUACGCGGGCGCCGAGAUGCCGCUCUUGUCGGAGAACAUGGAGAUCCGUCAGGAGGAGUACCACGGCAAGGACGGCUUCGGAGACCUCGACCACCAGUCUUUCCCCGGGGACGACGCCGACCUGGACGGCCUGGUGCAGCAGGAGAGCGCCGUGGUGGCGCUCGCCAGGAUCGCGUCGGAGCAGCGCGGCGAGCUGACGCUGGUGUGCCUGGCGCCGCUGACCACCGUGGCCCUGGCCGUGCGCACCUACCCCGCCCUCCGGAGGAACCUCAAGGAACUCCACGUCAUGGGCGGCAACAGCAUGGGUCACGGUAACGUCACUUCCACGGGCGAGUUCAACUUCGCGUGCGACCCGGAGGCCGCGCACAUCGUGCUGGACAGCGUCACCUGCCCUGUACACAUCACACCGUGGGAGACGUGUGCCGACAGCCCCAUUGAACUGGACUGGCGGUUGGGCGAGCUGGUAGCGAGCGGCGGCGGCCUCGCCAUGGAGCUGGUGACGGCCGCGGACCGGAGCGUGCUGACGGCGCACUCGCGGACGCACUGGGUGACGUGCGACGCGCUGACCGUGGCGGCGCUGCUGCGGCCGGCCCUGGUGGCGCGCGCGAGCCCGCGGCACGUGGCCGUCGAGCUGGCGGGCUCCAGGACGCGCGGCCAGAUGGUGCCGGCGUGCGUCCUGCUGCGCGGCGCCUGCCCGCCGGCCUGCCCCGGACCGGCCGCCCGCCUCAACCGGGACGCCCCCCCCGCGCGCCUCAUCCACGCCUUCGACGUGCCCGCCUUCAAGGACCUCCUCCUGUGGGCGGCCCCGCGCUGGACCGCGCCCCCGCGACCGACGACGACGGCAUGACGCCGACGUCACGUUAGCGUCAACAAACGCUCCGCGCUCGGCAAAAUAUUGACGUUUUCUCGAAUCCUGCCCCGUUGAAUCGACAACACGUGAUAUGUACUUUGUAUAUAAAUAUAUUUUGAGAGGAAAGAAGAGAA